AUGCCUGCACCGUCGCCUGCUCCUUCGCACCGCUGCGGCAACGGCGACCGAUCAAAGCACGGUCUACCCCUGUCGUCCCACCCCAAGUGCAGCAGGAGCUCACACAGAAGGUUAAUGCAACGGUGGCGUGCGCUGCUGCAGGACGUCGCUUCCUACCUCGCGGUUCGCUGCCUCGAGCUGCUCGCUCGGGCGGUGCCGCUGGCCGCUGUCCUUCCCGCCGGCCGGGCUUGCGGCUGGCUAGUGGCCCGUGCUGGCGGGUGGCGCACCGGCGUGGUGCGGUCCAACGUGCGCAGCCUCUGCAGCAGUGGGGAGGAGGCCGCGGCGCUCGGGCGGCGCUCGCUGCUACACCUCGGCCAGGCGAUUCUACUCACGCUGCAGCCGCCGUCGCGAGACGAGACGCUCCGCCGCGCGCUGCGGUGCGACCCGCAGUGCGGCGCCGCGCUGGCGGAGCUGGUCGAGGACGCGCGCGCGGGCGGCGUGGUUGUCUGCUCGGCGCACAUCGGCGUGUGGGAACUGCUGCCGCGGCUGCUGGCGGCGCAGCUGCCGCAGUGCGCCGAGCGGCUCGCCGCGAGGCGAUCUGGAGAUGCAAUCUCCGAGCGCGAUGCGCGCUCGCGAGCCCUCCCCGCCGACGGGCAAGACGGCGCGGGAGAGGCGGAGGCGACGGUUGCGUCCGACGAGGGCCAGGGCGGCGGCGGGGGCGCGGAGGACCGCCUGACGCGGCGGUUGGUUGGCGCGUACGCCGACGCACUCACUCGCGCCGUCCGGGCGGCGCCGGCGCAGUACUUUUGGUGGCACCGCCGCUGGCGCGGGGAGGACGAGGAGCACGGGGCCGGUGUGUGA